CAACUGUAUACUUUUUUAAUUUGAAAAUGGAUUAAAAAAAAAAGAAAUAUUUCAAUGUAGAUACUUCCAGUUCAAGGAUUUAACUGAAAGUGAAAAUGGCAACGAGAAAAAGAAUAGACAGAGCAUCCAGUGUAAUCAUGAAGAACAUUGUUGUUGUUAGUUUUAUUAGUAGUAUUUUGAAUACUGUUCUCCUGUGUAUUUCAGCAUCAAAAGAAACCUGGAUGUUUGGGGAUGUGUCUUGCCAAAUCCAUGCGAUUGUUUGUUACGUCUUGUUAUCCAGUAUUGCCUGGUUGACAUCUCUGGCAGCGAUUGAAAGGUUAUACAAAUGUUUAUCAUCUGGAAGUUACUCGAUGACAUUUUCUGAAAUCAAUACACGCAUCCUGAUAUUUGGAAUGUAUAUGACAGCUUUCUUUCUGUGUACUGGUCCAAUGUACGGAUGGGGAGAGUAUUCUCAAUUUAAAGGCUUACUGAUGAUAAAAGUGAGACUACUUUCACGUCACACAACAGAGUCAACCGAUUUAUGUAAUACCACUUUAACUAAAGCAGAUGCUGAAAAUAUUCAAUACAUUGGACAAUUGAUUACGUCAAGCUUGCAAGAAAAAUGGAAUAUGUAUAUCCGUUCAAUGAAUACUAAAUGUGAUAUUCAUUUCACAGUGAGGAUUCGAGAUGUUACAUCAUUGACAGUAUUACUAGAAGACGUGGAAUCUCAACAAACGGGAAAUAUUCUAUAUGAUCUAAUAACUCACCUGAACAAUAACGUCACAGAGAGAUAUACACCUGAGGUUAUUGUGGAUAGAAGCAAUAUGCAUAAUUAUAAAAAUGUUCUCCUUCCAUUUCAAAGUCUUGGGGUUUGUACUCUAGAUUUUUCUUCGGUCAAUGAUUAUAAAAGGUCAGCUACAUAUUACAUAUUCGGAACAACUCUUAUUUUACCAUUUGCUGUUACCGCAGCCUGUGGAUUAGUUGUGCUAAUGAACCAUUAUUCCGGUUCCUUACCAGAUAACAUUGUUAACUUUAAAAUAAUAUAUUUUGGAAGUCUGUUAAGCUUCAUAUGCUGUUUUCCGUACUAUGUUAUCAAUUUCAUGAACGGAUCUGGACAUUUCAUACCUAGACAUGCUAAUUUUGUCUCCACGUUUUUCUUUUACAAUUCUUCUUUGUGUUUAACUAUUCCAUAUCUACUAUAUAGGCGACCAAAAUGUAGGAAAUCAACGAAAUCCACCAAAAAUGCACAUUCGUAUUCAAACAGCAAUGGAAUUCAAGAAGAUAUUCAGGUGGAACAAGAAUAUUCUAAGGUAGAUUACGUGUGAUUAAGCUACUUGGAUCAAUUAAUUCUCUACUAUUCAGCAAAUAAAGCAGCUGGGAUUAAUUUUGACAUGCUAACUAUUAUGCUCCAAAGGUGGAGACGCCACUCAGAAUCAGCAAAAUGCAUUUGAUAUUAAUUGUUCUGCUGAGGAAAUUAAAUGUAUAAGCAAUCGGUCGUCAUUUCAGUGCGGAUAUUUAAGGAGGUAACAAUGAGGGAUCAUGAGUUAUCAUAUUCCAAUAAUUUGUCUACAUUGACCAAUGUUUUAAUUUUUUAUAUCGCCAUUGUAGGUGAUCUUUGUAUUGACUCGUAUUGUUAGUCAAUUUAUAAUAUUUAAAGACCAUUUUCAUUAAUAUUGAUUGUUACUAAAAUCAAAUUAUUCAUAUAUAUAUCAUGCACUUACUUUGUUCUAUUAUCGCAAUGAUUUUUAAAUAUUCCCCAACUUA